UCUAAUUUAAUAUAAGGUUAAAUUAUUGAUUAGGUAUGGAAACUACAAAUGAAAAUGAUGAAAAACCACGAAUAUAUCCGAAUAAUGUACAAAGAACGAUGUACGAAAUUAGAAUCACUGAUAUACAAAAUCGUAUUGAAAGAACAAGCAAAUGUAAUGAAGAACUUACAGAAAUGAUUGAAGAAACAACAAAAAAUCUUAUUUUAAGAGAAACUCAAACUGCAGACGAGAUAGCUCAACUUAAUGGAAAUUUCGAUACGGAAUUAAAUAAAGCUAAUGCGUCAAAGAAUGCAAUAAAUAUGAUAAAUAAACAAAGAGUAGAAGAGAAAAAAAUUCAUGAAGAUAAAGUAAACUCGAUGAAAGAUGAUUACGAAGCUACCAGAUUAAAAUUCAUGUCAAAAAUUAAAAUUUUACGUGCUAGAAUAAAUGCUCUUGAAGAUUUCAAAGUCAAGGAACCCGCACUCAGAUUAAAGCUUGAAGCAGGUGAAACUUUAAUCAGAGAAAAGGAUGAAAAUUUAAAAGAAGAAUUGAACCGUCUCGAAGUGAAAUUUAAAAUUGAUAGAGAAAAAUUGAUUUUAGAUUUACGUAAGAAUCUUUUUGAAUUAUCGAAACAAUGGGAAUCUGACAGAAAUAAACGACAAGGUACAUUUGUUCGAAAAUUAUUUGAUGAAAAUAUAAAUCUCCAUUACGAAUUAGAUCAUUUUAAAAUGGAAAAAUAUGAUGAAGUAAAACAUUUAUCAACUAUCAAGAGCAUUGAAUUUCGUAAUAAAAAAACCGAGUCUAACAUAAAUAAAUCUCUGCAAGCCAUAGAGAUUAAGAAAAAGUUAAUCAGCAAGUUGAUAAAACGAUUGGAUAUAACUGAACAACGUCGAGGCGUUGUUUUACCUCUUACAGAGAGUAUAUUAAUUAAUCAUGAUAGUCGUAUCGAGAAACUGAGAUCGAAAAUCAUGUAUCACGAAAGAAAAAUGGCAGAGUUGAUGGUAGAAUUGAAUAAAAAAAAUAUAAUGCUUCAACACAUGAGACACUUGAAAGAGCAGAAUAAAUCUAAAAUUCAGGAGUAUCUAAAACGUCUACACGAAGUGAAAUGUGUUAUAGCUUCUGCUCUUCAGAUGACAAAUACAGAUACUAUAAUUGGCUCGAUGACUAAGACUCAAUUUAUUAUACAUUUGCUAUAA